GCUCAGUAGCUAUCAUCGCUUUCGAUUUGUGGUUUCGACAGGGGAGCGUUCGGUGAUUACCUUAACACCGUUGUGUACAACCUCCAAUGGCGUCAAUCCUGUUUAUUUUGAGGGGCUGGAUUUUUCUUUUGACUUUUCUUGAGGUUGAAUUUCAGACAUUACUAGCAAGAGCGGGAAAUUUGUUCCCAUUUCGAUCAGGUGCUGUGCGGCAUGGAUGCCUUCGAUAUUCGAAGAGCUGAAUUGCUGCACUCCACGAGCGAUUCGAGGGACUGGUAUCUCCUGAAUUCCAAAAUAUGCGGCAUUCCUGUAGGAAAAUUCAUGUCGAGUAGCCCUUUGGUGUCAAGCUUUCCAAAAGAAUUUAACACAGUGCAACUCUCGAAUCUUAAAAAUGGCGGGCACUUGGAUCGACGACUAUUUCACAAAGAAGAGGUAUUCAUAGCCUCUUCUUUCGGCGUUGUUUUUGCGAUACUUCGGCAAAAACUAAAAGCGGGCGAAGAAGAAAAGUACAGUUGGUUGGUUGAUGGCAUCAACAGCCUAAAUAUUGGCCAGUAAUGAAGAUUGCCAAACAGCGACUGACACACGUGACAACAACAAGGACAAAAUUCAUGACCCUGUACAAACAGUAUUUGGAGUCGAUUCAAGGUCAGCCAUAUCCAUAGAGGAUAUCGAGAAGAGUCAAGAUGAAAAUCUUAAGCUUAAGGCUGAACUUGAAGUUGUGCUUUCCCAGUUAGAGGCCCUUCGAGAUGAGGUGAAAAACGGCGGUCAAUCGACGCUGAGCUCAGGCACACAGGACCCGGCAAUGGACAACCCGGACAGUACAGUACAAGCGAUAUGUGGACCUUGAUCGGCGAUGUUUGCGCUAAGUUCCAGGUGCCUCUUGCAUCUUUAUUCGCCGAUCAGGUGGACCAGAAUGUUGAAGUGGCUAAAGUGAUGAGCGAUAUCGCAGAACAGCUGCUGAGAAAAAAAGACCCGAAGCAAGCCCUGGAAGCAAUACUGGGGGACAGUGCCCCAAAAUUCUUUAAAUCCCUUCGUGUGCCCGAUUGGACGUUGCUUUACUUGAAGCUGCAGUCCCGGAUCCCAGACCAAGGAUGGCAAACCUUGUUGACCUUUACAAAGUUAGGGCGAACUAAGUUACACUUGAUUACAAGGCAUUGAUAAUACUUAUCAAACGAAAGAGUGAAGAUAAUGAGUCAGAUGAAGAAAUGGAAGGUCUAUGUCAGAGAGGGUUGGACACAGAGUGCUGUGUGUUCUGUAAAGUUAUACGGGGAUGUGCAUGUCCAGGGGUUGAACGUGGUGAAUCCUGUGCAGAAUGCUUUAUCAAGAGCAAGGCAAAUGUUGGAGGAUGGAAGGGUGUUAGGGAUGACUUGCUGUUUCUCCUUGAAGAAGAGUUGUGUGAUGUAAACCUAUGCACUCUUCAUUGCGAGCUGCGGAAUACAGAGCAGUUGCUAUGUUCACUGGGAAUGUUUGCGUAUGAGUGUGGAAGCCUCAAAAAUUGCAAUGCUGUUUUAGCCGAGUAUGGACCAGACAGUAUGAAGGGAAGGGACAGAAUCGUAGUAAAGACAAAGCCUGGCCAGGAAAGUGGUAUUGAGCAGCACAACAUUCAAGUGUUGUCAUUCUCAGGUUCAACAGAAUGCAGGUUUCUCGAGAACAUUGAAGAAAUUGUCACCCAGUCACUGCCAUUAGAAAACCUGAGGUUUUUUAAAGACAAAGAUGUUGCUGAAACAUACUUAUUAAAUCAGAUUACAUUCUGUGAGGAAAUGAUCCAGGUAAACUUCCAAGGAGUUAGGAAAAAGAGGAACACUGACUUAGUGUGAUAAGGAAAGUAAACAAUAUUGUUGCACAUGAAAAGUAACUAAGGAAUAAUACCAAAGAACAAUGCACGAGUAAGAAAAGUCUGGUUCACUUUUCAUUUUUUCAGCAGAUCUACUUGUUCAUUAUCUGGAUUGAAAUCAUUGCGUUUCAUAAACUUUUAAGCCUAAGCUUCAGUUACGAGAUCUUCCUUUUUCAGCAUAAAUCUUUGAUUUCUUCAGAAUACCAGUAGAGACACUCAGAUGUUAUAUGUCCUCUCUGGUUCACCCAGGUUGAAGUCCUGGCAUAGUUGUAUGCCUGAGUGCUCCUGGGAUAUAUAACAUAAUAAGUAUUUUGGUUCGCACAUGGUAAAUCGAAGUUCUAGCAAGUGUUAUAUAUCCUCUUUGGUUCACCCAGGUUGAAGUCCUGGCAUAAUUGUAUACCUGAGUGCUUCUGGGAUAUAUAACAUGAGCAGUACUUUUGGUUCGCACAUGGUAUCGAAGUUCUAGCAAGUGUUAUAUAUCCUCUCUGGUUCACCCAGGUUGAAGUCCUGGCAUAAUUGUAUGCCUGAGUGCUUCUGGGAUAUAUAACAUAAUAAGUACUUUGGUUCGCACAUGGUUUUGAAGUUCUAGCAAGUGUAAUAUAUCCUCUUUGGUUCACCCAGGUUGAAGUCCUGGCAUAGUUGUAUGCCUGAGUGCUUCUGGGAUAUAUAACAUAAUAAGUAUUUUGGUUCGCACAAGAUAUUGAAGUUCUAGCAAGUGUUAUAUAUCCUCUUUGGUUCACCCAGGUUGAAGUCCUGGCAUAAUUGUAUGCCUGAGUGCUUCUGGGAUAUAUAACAUAAUAAGUACUUUGGUUCGCACAUGGUUUUGAAGUUCUAGCAAGUGUUAUAUAUCCUCUUUGGUUCACCCAAGUUGAAGUCCUGGCAUAGUUGUAUGCCUGAGUGCUUCUGGGAUAUAUAGCAUAAUAAGUAUUUUGGUUCGCGUGUGUUGGGUAAGACAUGGUUAUAGCCAACUUCAAUCCUCUGAUUGGCUAUCUACCAGCUCAUAUCCAAUGCGUACUCGUGGAAUAAUUGUUAAGUAUUUCUGUUAGAUUAUGGUAUGGGAGAACCUGGAAAAUGAUGUUAUUCCCUCACGAUGCUACCUUUCAUUACUAUUAUCAGAAUACCCUUUCCAUCAUAGCGGCUAUUCGGCUAUUUUUUUAACGUAAGAAUACCCUCUUUGAAUGAACAAACAAAUAAUUGUUCAAUAAGUUCCAAAUUUAUUCA